AAGUUGAGAACUCAAGUUUACAAUUAUUCGUCCUGGACGAGCUCUUCAAGCUGCUUCGUUCUGCUAAACGUCGUGCCCAUCGUCAGUAACGGCGACGGCAUUCACAACCAACUAAUUUCAGUCUAAACUUGGUUUUAAACACUUUCUAGUAAUCGCUGGACAGGUUGUGCAAUUGAACAUCGCCUGAACAGCCGAAGGAUCUCCGACCUUUUUAUAAAGCCCUAACUCAGCUGCGCGCAUGCCUCGCCGCACUUCUGCUCGCCUUACCUCCUCCGUCACUCCACAAGCACCUUCAGUUUCUUUUCAACUUCCUGUCUCAGAUGCAGAUCCCAGUAUCCUUCAGCUCAGGCGACACUGGAAAUGGGCCGCCUUCAGCCAGUUCUUCUUCACAUUUAAUGCUCUGUUUGCCUUGAAUGACGUGACCUUGAUCGACAUCGAAAAUGACCUCGCAUACUCUACCAACCGCGUUUUAUCUCGCAUCAUGACACGAUUACUUGUCACGUUAACGCAGGACAGAAAAAUAUCUGUCAAUAACUGGCAAACUGUCCUGCGAAAGCAAUAUAUGAGACGCGACCCAGACGAAAAUCCCAUAGGACCCAUUCAGCAAAUAUACGCAAAUGCCGCAGAGUCCUCGCGUGCAUCCACUGCUCCCCCAUUCCCAUCCGAAACCGCAGAAGAGUUGGUCCAAGAGGAGGCAAAGAAAAGCGUGACGCACGAAGACGGAGCGUCUGCUGACGGUGAUGCUGUCCCGGAUGAUUCUGCGGAUGCGGUUGAAGACAAGUCGGAGGAAACCAAGAUCGAUGAUUUGAAGGAUGAAGCCACUGCAUCUUCCUCAGAGGUUUUACAGGACUCCGAGCUACAACAGCAGAUUGACUGGCUCGACCUGUCUACGGUCAAGAAACUGGACUCCCUACACACUCUUAUGGAAUGGCAGUUUCAUAAUCCUAAUCGUCUACGUACCCAGAUGAAAGACGACGACGAGAAUGCGCAAUGGCGCAUAGAGCCGAUAGGAUAUGACGCCAAGCGUAAUGCCUACUGGCUCAUAGGUGCUGACCGUCUGUGGAUUCAACGUGAACCUCCACGUCCUAUUCUCAAACGUAAGCGGCUCGCAAACCCCAACACGUCGAAAUCCACUGGCAAAAAGUCUUACAACAAAAACAAACGCCAGCGAGUCGAUCCAGAACCAGAGCCCACGCCUCCACCCACAACGCCCGCCAAACCAUCUCGCCGGCGCAAUCAAGCACAGGCACAGAACUCCAGCCCGUCCGGUUCACGCGGUACCCGCGCUGCCAAAGCACGUGCAAAUCAGAAGCUCGAUGCACAGGCGAAGGACCUUGCUGAAUUCCAGCGUCAGAUGGCUCGGAGCAAGUCUGCUAAUGCCAGGCCUCUGACUCCACGUCGCCCUUCUGGGAUUCGACUGAGUGCGCGGUUGCGCGGUACGUUGGCAGAGGAUGAGUGGCAGGAGGUGCCAGAAGAAUGGCUUUCUCCCACCGCCCAAGACGGAGAGGAGGGAGAGGAGAAGACGCCGCUCAAGGCUAAGGCGAGGCUGAAAACAGGGCUUGAGAGUGAUGAAGACUCGGUCAGCGAUCUCACGGAGCUUAGUGAGGACGAUGACACAAACGAGGGGAACGCCCAAGAAGAAGCCGACGGAGAAGAGGAUAAAGAAUCUGGCGUUAAAGAUGAAGAGUCCGAAGCGGAAUUUGUUCCGGUUCCUGAUAAACCAAACGGCAAAGUUGAUAUUGAUGAGGAAGACGAGGAGCCUCCAUCUCUUCCCGAAGGUUUCGUUGAAUGGGAGACGAUCUGUAUCACUCUCGAAGAGUGGGAGAGCUUCCCCGAGCAAUUUGAGAAAGCCACUCACUAUGCCGAGAAGUCCCUGUAUAAGGUAUUGACGCAGAGCAUCGUCCCGGAAAUAACCGCUGAGCUCAGGGAGGUGGAGAAGAAGAAGCGCAAGGAAGAAGCGGUCGUGCAUCGCAAGCGCUCAUCUCGUAUUGCUAUCAAGGAAAGUGAGAAGGAGCAAGAAGUACUAGCUGCGAAGAAGCGCGCAGAGGAAGAUGAGAAGAUGGGUCGAGCUCGAAGGGCUGAAACGCGUCGACAAAAAGAGGAAGCGGAUCGGAUUAAGAGGGAGAAUGCUAGAGAGCAACGCAGAAAGGAGCGAGAAGCUAAGCAAGUUGCAGAACCUGAAGCCAAUGCCAGCGCCGACGCGGUAAUCGAUGUCGUGAGUCAAGAGCCUUCCUCGUCUGCCAUACCACCUGGGCAGAUGGGCAAGUUUCCAUCAUUGUCUGUUCCUGUUACCACCAAUGGAACAGGCGCUGCUAGCAGUGGAUCGCGGACGCCAGCCGAAGACUGGGAGCUGGAUUGCGAGGUCUGCGGCAGACAAGGGAUUAACCGGGAUGACGGCGUUCCCAUCAUGUGCUGUGGUCGAUGUUCGAAGUGGCAGCAUAUAGGGUGCCAUGAUCAACGAGACAUCACUGCAGGUCGCCCGAAACGUAACUGGGAUGCCGAGGACUUCAUCUGCAGAAGGUGUCAUGCGUCGGGAUCCAGAUCUUCCUCAUUUAGCAACAGUCAAUUACCGACACCAACCGAUCUGAAAGCAGUUUAUGGUUCAGUUGGAACGCAGCCCUACUACAGCAGCCAGCAGAGUUACUCCCAUAGCCGCUAUCCCAACGGAAGCUAUUACGCUGGCGGCGCGCCAAGUGGGAGAUACAGCUACGAACACCAGUCUGACAUAAGGUCAUCUGGUGUACCUUCUCAGUCUUAUACUCAAGCUCCCCGUACUCCUGGCGUCACGUUUGCGCACUAUCAACCUCAGCAAGGAGGAUUUUCGACAUCGCGUCCAUCUUAUUCCAUUCAAGAGCCUGUUCCUGUAGCUCAGCAGACUCGCUAUCCGCAGUCCACAUCUCCGGUCACUGGUGUAAGCCAAUAUCCCGGGUCCUUACAGACCCAUUCAUCUCCUCACGUCCAGGUGCAGCCCCAACACCGGUGGCAACCCUCCAGCUAUUCUCGGAGCGACGCAUCUUACAGCAUGAGUGCAGCUGUCCCGCCUUCUCCAUACACCUCCCAACAGCAACCCUACUAUCCUGGAACCUCCUCCUCAAGUACCUCAGCUCCGUUCUCUCAAAUGCAUGGUGCGAAUCACCAAUCCGUGCCACAGUAUUCUGGAUACCAACACACCGCUCCUUACCAACAAAGUAGAUGAGUUUGUUACAUACGUACGCCCUUUUUUUUCGCAGGGAACACUUUGAUUUAUCGAGAUAUUCGUAAGUAAGAACUGCAAGUACAUAGUUGGUGGGGGG